AUGGACAAUCUCACCAUCUUCACAGAAUUCCUCCUCAUGGAUAUCUCAAGUUCUCGGGAGCUCCAAAUUUUGCAAGAUCUGUACUGCAUCUCAGUCAGUGUUCCCAAAUUGAUUGUGAAUUCCUUGACUAGCAGUAAGUCAAUUUCACUCCAAGAGUGUGCUGUCCAGAUUUUCCUGUAUCUUUUCUUUGCCUCCAUCGAACUUGCUUUCCUGGUGGUGAUGGCCUAUGACCUCUAUUUUGCCACUUGCUUCCCUCUGCGCUACAAGCUGACGGUCACCCCGCAUGUGUGCACACAUGCAGCAGGUGGCUCAUGGGGCACUGGGGUGGUUUAUUUUGCCAUCCACACAGGUUACAUGUUCAGGCUACCCUUCACCAAGUCCAACGUGAUUAAUCAGUAUUUCUGUGAUGUGCCUCAGGGGAUGAGGAUAUCCUCCUCGGAGGUUCAGUUCACCGAAUCUGUGAUCCUUGCUGUAAGUGCUGGCAUUGUCUUAGCCUGUUUCACAUCUUUGGUUCUGUCCUACGUGAAUAUAUUUUCAACCGUGCUUAAAAUCUGUUCAGGGGAAGCCAGCAACAAAACCUUGUCCACCUGUACCCCACAGCUGAUUGUUCUUCUUUUGUUUGUAAUUUCCGGGUUGAUUGCUGUCUUGGAUCCUAUUGCAAAUGAAGCUUCCCUUAAAAACCUGCUGAUAGCUGUGUUCUAUGUCAUGGUGCCACCAUUUAAUAAACCCCAUUAUCUACAGUCUGCGGAACCGGGAUAUUAA